AUGGCUUCAUUCUAUUCCACUCAGUCAUAUACAAUUACUGACCUAAGAGCAUUUGAACCCCUCCCCGAAGCCCUUCGUUCCACGUCCCUUGUAAUUAGGGUGCUCUGUUUUUUGGCACUUGGACGCCCAAAUCUUGAUGAUCAUUGGAGGUCGCUGCAAUCAGAACAAGCCUUCGAAACCGUUAGGAGCAGGUUGUGCUCCAUCCUGACCAGCACUAUCACCAUGGUGAGUGUCCUCCUCACUAUAAGCAGUGUUUUCCUCAGCACGGGUUCUCCUGUGUCCUACUUCGACUACACGUCACCCGUUCCCUAUUGUCUGCUCUUUAUAUCGCUCAUGUUCACCAUGAUCACGAUGUUGACAUCUGGCUCGAGCAUGAUACAUUGGCUGCACGCCAAUCACCACUGGACUCAAGAACAACUCAAGCAAGGUGAUUACUUCGUCUUGUCCUACCUGUUGUCGAUAGUCACACCUAUAGUCUUUGUUGUCUGCUCCCUCAAUUGUUUCAUAUUUGCGAUAAUGAUAGCAGGCUUUUCUUCUCAAAGCACGACCUGCCGCGCUGUCACUGCACUCUGGUUGGUUGCAUAUGCUGUGAAUGUUGGGACAAUAUUGAUGGAAGUUAUGUGGAAGUAUGUGUCAAUCACGCUGGAGAUCGGCAGUAGUUUCUAG